AAAGAAAUAAAGGCAGCAAGACAGUCUCCACUCUCUCUUUAAAUUGAGGCAUGACUGAACUCAAACCCCAGAAAGUUAUCUGCAGAGCCUUGUGAUGCACAGGGGAAGUGCUGGUCAACAGGUGAAAGUAGCACACUCUUUGAGUGUAAUCGACUGCCCUGUUUUGGGAACAAGUUUAGAUGGCACGAGUACAGACUGCUUUACAAAGCUUUUUGCCCAGUGGUUGCUGCUAUCUUACCACCCAGAGAUUUUCAGGAGACCAACUGGGUAUUUAAAUUGCUGUUAAGACUGACCUAACAAACAUGUUUCCUAGUUAUGAAUAGUGAGGUGGUCCCUGCCCCCUCCCCAGCUUUUCAAAUCUUGCUGCUACCAUCACUGAAUUGUUUUUCUUUAUUUUGUGUACAAAGUAGGUGAAAGUUUUUCUACUAAGCAGCAGCAGAUACUGUUGAUAAUGCAUUUUUGAUGUUUCUUUAUUAAACAGAUAAAAGCAAAGAUAACCUAUGUCUAUAUGGGGAAGAUAAGGGCAAGGUUAAAUAUUACUUGUCUUUGAGCACGGAAGAAGUCCCUUCCAAUGGGCAAGGUUCUGAAGCGACUAUCUGAAGACUUCCUUUUUGAAAACUUAAAAAGCAAGAACAAUUCUGUUUUAAUAAAUGAAGGAGAAUAAAGAAAAUUCCAGCCCUUCUGUAAACUUGGCAAACCUGGACCAUACAAAGCCAUGUUGGUACUGGGAUAAGAAAGACUUGGCACAUACACCGUCGCAGCUAGAAGGGCUUGAUCCAGCUACUGAGGCACGAUACCGCAGGGAGGGGGCCAGAUUCAUAUUUGAUGUGGGAACACGUUUAGGGCUACAUUAUGAUACUUUAGCAACCGGAAUAAUUUAUUUCCAUCGGUUUUAUAUGUUUCAUUCCUUCAAACAAUUCCCAAGAUAUGUGACAGGAGCCUGCUGUCUUUUCCUGGCAGGAAAAGUUGAAGAAACACCGAAGAAAUGUAAAGAUAUAAUUAAAACGGCUCGUAGCUUGCUAAAUGAUGUACAGUUUGGACAGUUUGGAGAUGAUCCAAAGGAAGAAGUAAUGGUCCUUGAAAGAAUCUUACUACAAACAAUCAAGUUUGAUUUGCAAGUGGAACAUCCAUACCAAUUCCUUCUCAAGUAUGCCAAACAACUCAAAGGAGACAAAAAUAAAAUUCAAAAACUGGUUCAAAUGGCAUGGACAUUUGUCAAUGACAGUCUCUGCACUACACUGUCACUGCAGUGGGAACCUGAGAUCAUAGCUGUUGCAGUUAUGUACUUAGCAGGCCGUUUGUGUAAGUUUGAAAUACAGGAAUGGACAUCAAAACCAAUGUACAGACGAUGGUGGGAGCAAUUUGUCCAAGAUGUUCCCGUUGAUGUUCUGGAAGACAUCUGUCAUCAGAUCCUGGAUCUAUACUCACAGGGAAAACAGCAAAUGCCUCAUCAUACUCCUCACCAGUUGCAGCAGCCACCAUCUCUUCAAUCUACACCCCAGGCACCGACGGUACAGCAAUCACAGCAGUCGCAGGGUUCAGAGCAGUCACAGACUCAGCAGCAAAAAGAGUCGCAACAGUCAGCACAACAGCAGCAGCAGCAGCAGCAGCAAACACAAGCACAGCAAUCUAAAAAGCCCUCUCCCCAGUCAAGUCCUCCUAGACAGAUUAAAAGACCAGCAGCUGUAUCUCCAAAAGAAGAAACAAAGGCAUCAGAACCACCACCACCAUCUAAAAUUCCUAAAAUUGAAACUGCACAUCCACCAAUACCUCCUGCACAUCCACCUCCAGAGCGCAAGCCUCCUUUGGCAACUGCAGUUUCAAUGGGAGAAGCAGAGCAAUCUACUACUGUGGACUCGGUAGAUAUGCCAAAGGUCCAGAUUCCUCCCCCUGCUCAUCCUGCCCCAGUACAUCAACCUCCACCUCUGCCGCAUCGUCCCCCACCCCCGCCCCCCACCAGUUACAUUACAGGGAUGUCUACUACAAAUUCUUAUAUGUCAGGGGAGGGUUAUCAAAGUCUUCAGUCAAUGAUGAAAACAGAAGGACCAACUUACGGAGCUUUGCCACCGGCCUAUGGACCACCAACUCAUCUACCCUAUCAUCCUCAUGUCUAUCCUCCCAACCCUCCACCACCAGUUCCACCUCCACCCCCUACUUCAUUCCCCCCACCCAAUAUUCCACCUCCUACUCCUGGAUAUCCUCCUCCACCUACAUACAACCCUAAUUUCCCACCUCCAAGACUGCCUCCAACUCAUGCAGUACCACCUCAUCCACCUCCAGGGCUGGGAAUGCCACCAGCUAGUUACCCCCCGCCUACUGUUCCCCCAGGUGGACAGCCACCUGUACCACCUCCAAUUCCACCACCUGGUAUGCCACCUGUAGCAGGACUUGGACGUGCUACAUGGAUGAGAUAGCAUGAGGUAAUUUGCACGAUAUCCCUUUAUGUUGACUAGGCAGGAGUAGCUAGCCAAAAACUACUUUGUAAAGAUGAAGAGGAGGGUGAUUUGUAUAAUUUAGAUGAAGAAGUGAGGCGGUGAAAUGAAAAUUUAGCUGAUCUGUUUGCAGUAUUGUUUAUGGUGAGUUAUAUAGGCUUCUAGAUUUUAAUCAGCUUUGCAGUAUCUAUUCUAACUUUAUACAUUUGACUUAAGUUUAAAUUGUCUUGAGUUACUCCAGCACUGGAUUACUUUGUACUAGCAAAACCAGCCAUAUUGGCUCAAUUAUAUCAGUAAGAAGAAAAUUUCCUUCUAGAAAUCAGUGCCUAUUUUUGAGUAUCAAAAUAGCCAGAUACCAUGACAUUUGAUCUAUAGUAAGAAACUUCAUUUGUAGUAAUAAUUAAAACAACACGAUGUCAAGCAUGAAAGCUACUUUAUUUAAGAGAGAAUCUGAAUGCUAGCUGACUGGAAUCAUUUUGAGGUGUUCGCCUUGCUGAUAUUUUUGUUUUGGAAUGUACUGGUAUCUUAAAGUAUUGUAUGUUUACACCUAUUUGCAAAUUCCUGUACAUAAUAUAUAUAUUUUCUAAGUGUGAAAGUCUGAAUGUAACAACCUACUGUGAUGUACAUCCUGGUUAUAAAUGGGACUACUUUGUUCACAUCUACCCAAAUAAAAUUGGUUCUGAAUUUA